AUGUCGGAUCAACAUCGUCUGGGUAUUGCCAGUGCUUCACGCCCAAAGCAUGUCGGUCCAACCAUUUUGCCCCAGUUCUCACUUCUCAGUCGGCUUCUGCGCCUGGCAUGCAAGGAAACCAAGAUUGCGAUCACGGACAGACCAUGUGGGAUCAGCGCAACGCACAUGCAGCUCAUCAGCGACGUUCUUCACGUUCGUAACCACCUAAUAUCGAAGCUGGGGCCUGAGGUACGCGAGGCGCUCGUGUUGCAAGAGGAAGUGUAUAUCAAUCUGCUCGCUCCCGCGGGCUAUGAAGCUGGCCUUGUCAUAUACACCUCUGGUACGACGGGACCACCGAAGGCUGUCGUGAUACGCCGCUCGUAUCUCAACGAAGUACCUCUGGAGCUGGAGGACCUUUACGAGCUGAGGAAGGACGACUGCAUCCUGCACUGCCUACCCGUGCACCACGUCACAGGCAUUGGCGCAAACCUGCUUCCGUUCCUCUUCGUAGGGGCGUCCAUUGAAUUCUUCGGCUGCCAACGCUUCGACGCGGGUCAGGUUUGGGAGCGAUGGAGGCAAGGCGGGAUUACAGCCUUCUCCGGGGUCCCGACGCAGUUCGUGAGGCUGAUGCAGUUCUACGACGAGCACAUCGCCUCGCUUCCGCCCAUCCAGCUCGCCGAGUACGUCGAAGCUGUCAAUGCCAUCCGAUUCAUGGCCAGCGGCAGUGCGGGACUUCCCGCCGUGAUUCAGACAAAGUGGACCUCACUCCGCCGAGGGCGACCGAUCCUCACGAGGUAUGGUACUACCGAAUUCGGCGCCGUGUUCGCCGCCACCCCCAAUGACGUUGAUCUCCCUUAUGGCGCGGUGGGCAAGCUUGUCGCUGGAGUCGACGUCAAGCUCACAGGCGGAGACGAGGGAGAGAUCCUAGUACGGUCCCACCUACUGCUGGACAGAAAUGCUCGCGACGCCGACGGAUACUUCCAAUCCGGCGAUAUUGGGGCCAGAAAGGGUGACUAUUAUUUCGUUCUCGGGCGUGCCUCGAUUGAUAUCAUCAAAUCAGGCGGCUACAAGAUUGCGGCCCCAGAUAUCGAACGGGAGAUGUACGGUCUUCCUUACGUGUUUGAGGCCAUGGUGGUAGGAAUUGACGACCUGGAAUACGGCCAGAGGGUUGCUGCUGCAGUUGUGCUUCAAGAUCAGACCAAAACUCUUGACAUAAAGAGGCUUCGAGACGAUCUUCGAUCGUCCCUGGCCCCCUACAAACUCCCGACACUCUUGCGAAUCGUCCCAUUCCUACCCAAAACAUCAACCGGUAAGAUCGCCAAGAAGGUUCUACGAGACCAGAUGUUCCCUCCGGAGGGACAUCCGGACGUGCAGGUUUUUAGAAAGAGGUUGACAGCGUCGGCUGGGAGCAGGCUUUGA